GCAAGACGCUCGUCUUCUAGUCGACCCCGUCCUGCGGGAGCUAGCGACCUGGAGCCUACAUACCUGCAAUGUUCCACAUCGCGACGCUCGUGUCGUCCUUCCUAGCGGCACACGACGCAACGUCCUCGGACGUUCUGCAGCAGCAGUGCCAAGAUACUAAAGACGAAUUCCACGAGCUGUUUUCGAAUGUCUACGAGCGACUGCGACACGUACGUCGGGCCCUCGAGGGCUGUGGAAAGAGCAAUCUCUUCCUCGUUGUGGCCAUCUUGGCGCUGCAGCGGCGAUUGGUUGCGAGAUUCCACGCGGCGGUGACCACGCACAACUCCCUCAACGUAUUAAUCCGGUUCGCUACAAAGAGGUCGACGCUCGAGAAGCUUCAGGAAAUACACCAAGAGAUCGAUCCGUUGUUCGGCCUCUUGGGUCUGAGGAAAAACGCAGAGAUGACAAAGUGGAGGAGGCAGUGGGAGGUCCAAUGCGAGCGCAUGUACGCACUGUUUCGAGGGCGAGUGGGCGACCCCAAGCCGAUUGUCGCUCAACUCUCUAACCCGCAAAUUGCCGAAAUUUUGGGAAUUAUGAAGUUUGAGCACGAAUUUCACAAAAAUGAACUCGAACAACAGCAACAAGCGAAGCUUGUGUACGCCACAAUGAUCAGGAUUCUUAAAUGCUCCAGCGUGCCCAAGAUCUCGCCGUUCUUCAUCCCGCCAGUGGACUUGGACGUGAAGGAAGAGCGCGGCGAGAUUGAAGACACGAGCUGCACAGUCAGGCAAGGCGUGUACGACCAAGAAACUCGCCUGAUUGCGCAGUAUCUGUCGGCCGAUAAUCGCUAUGCGAGGCAGCUCUUUUGGGCUGCUACCGAGAUCUGGCACGGGUUUGAACACCCCAAUGUGGCCAAGAUAGUGGGGGAAUCCAUGCUACUGUCGCAGCCUUGUGUUGUGUGGGAAGACGCCGCUGCGCACGGUAACUUUAUCCGCUUUUUUGCUAGUGAGCGGGGGUGUAACCAGAGGAAGCUGUGGCGGAUGUUUCUCCAGGUUGGACACGGAUUGAGCCACAUCCAUCAACGCGGAGGAACCCACGGGAGUCUCAAGUGCUCGCACAUUCUGGUAGAUGAGAGCGGCACCCCCAAGAUUUGUCACUUUGAGUUGAUCAACGCUGCGGUGGGGAGCGUCGAUCGCUGGAAGGGACCCGAGUACAAUCUCGGGAAAGGAGAGGACCCAUCAAAACCUGGAGAUGUCUACGCGUUCGGCUUGUGUAUUAUUGAAGCGCGCACGGGUAUUAUUCCGUACGGAACGGACUGUGAAGAGUCGAUCAAGAACCAAUUGGAGGAGCUCGAGUGCUAUCCACGACCUGAUGGCUUGCGUGAUGAUGAAUGGAACGUUGUGAAGCGCUUUGUGGCGCACGACCCGAGGGAUCGACCGACGAUGGCGCUGGCUAUUGAGAUGAUAGAGGAACUGGCAUGGAAGGAGAGUUUCGAGGAGAAGAAAUGGCGCGAAGAGGACCAAAUAUUGGGCCACCAGUCAAAAUGAAAUUGGGAUGAGAGAAAGGUUCUCGAUAUGGAUGAAUAUCAUCAAGCUGCCGACAGUCUAUUUCUUACUUAGUUUCAGUAUGG